GCGUUCGAGUAGCAAACAAACAGCGGACUAAAAAAUAAAAUUAAAUAAAUAAAUGAAUAAAUAAAAAUCCCGUAGCGGUGAACUCGACAAAAAAUAUAUAUAAUAAAAAAAAAAAAUAAAAACGGGUGGUGCGUGUUUGUGCGCCGCGGCUCUGCCCCCGCGGUCCGAGUCCUGUGAUAUAGACGGGGAGCGGCGAGGUGGAGGUGGGACGUGGUCAGGCUGAGAACCGGUGGCUUUAAAGUCUGAGACGAAGCGACGGAGCGACGAAGCGAUGGCGAUCGGUCGCGCUGCGAGGGCCGUUUGGCGUCCGUCACCGAGCUGCGGGUGAAAACUGUCAUGUAGCUGCCGCCCCGUUUUCUGUGGGGUCGAGCCGUUUUGAACGUUACUAGCGGCAACGACGACGACGACGACAGCUCUCAUGGACUCCUCGUCGUCGGUGGCGCUGCGAAGGAGGUUAGAGAUCCGGAGUGACCUCAGUUCUGGUCCUGGUCCCGGUCCCGGUCCUGGUCUUGGUCACGCUUCGGGUCCGCGCCUGAACGGCUGCGUGCCGCUUUCCCACCAGGUGGCCGGCCACAAGUACGGCGUGGACAAAGUAGGUAUUCUGCAGCAUCCGGAUGGCACAGUCCUGAAACAGCUCCAGCCGCCCCCCAGAGGACCCAGAGAGAUGCAGUUCUACAGCAUGGUUUAUGCAGAAGACUGCCAUGACCCCUGCCUCCUCGUCCUGCAGCAGCAUCUUCCCAAGUUCUUUGGCACCUGGUCUUCUCCUGACAGCCCCACAGACCUGUACCUGAAGCUGGAGGACGUGACUCGCAGAUUCCAGAAGCCUUGCAUCAUGGAUGUGAAGAUCGGCCAGCGGAGCUAUGACCCGUUUGCCUCGCAGGAGAAGCGUGAACAGCAGAUCAGGAAGUACCCGCUGAUGGAGGAGAUAGGCUUCCUGGUGCUUGGGAUGAGGGUGUACAACGUGGGCUCGGACAGCUUCGACUCAUAUGAUCAGCAUUAUGGAAGAGGUCUUGUGAAGGAGACCAUCAAAGACGGAUUAUCAAAGUUCUUCUUCAACGGAGAUGUUCUCCGCAAAGACGCCAUCACUGCCAGCAUCGUAAAAGUCCAGAAGAUCCUCCUAUGGUUCGAGGGCCAGAGUCAGCUAAACUUUUACGCAAGCUCUUUGCUCUUUGUAUACGACGGGGUUCCCUCCGCCAGCCCCCGUAUGCUCAGCUCAGAAGAGAAGACCACAGCUCGGACCCUUGAGAAGAUCGACGGAGUGCUGGAGUACAACAACAACAUCGACCAAAGCCUCUCCACUAUGUACUCCCUGCACAAGAAGGGCUGCACCAGUAGCCACCACCAGGCCAAACAGGACAACAGCAAGUGGCAGCCCAACGGCAACCGCAGCCCAAUUCAGCUGGAAGCCAAAGGUCAGGACAAGCCAGGAGAAGCUGACCGGUCGGAGGCAGAUGUGGAGGUGAGGAUGAUAGACUUUGCCCAUGUUUUCCCAAGUGAGGUCCAUGAUCACGGCUACAUCUACGGCCUGAGGAACCUACUGAAGGUGCUCCAGGAGAUCCUAGAGGACUGAAAGGUUCUUCUUACACUUUCUCUCAUCCUAGAGCAGUGGUUCUCAACUCCACCUCUUGAGUACCCACUGCCCUGCACAGUUUCAAGUAUUCUUAUGGUUCCCACAGUGUUGGUAAACCUACACCAAUGGUUCUUAAACUGGUCCUUGGCCGCACCACCAAUGGUCCAUAUUUUUGCAUGAUCCCAACAAAUAAGGACAGAGUAAAAAUGUGAACCGAGAAAAAAGGAUUACAGUAAAAUCUAUGAAACAAUUAGGAAAAAUAGUCUGUUUUAUUUUCUCAUGAGAUUGUUUUUAAAUUGUCAUUAUUUAUGGAACAAAUGUCCAAAUUCUAAUUGACAGUGUAAUGAGGUUACACGGUAACUGGUCCUUCAGCAUAAAUUUGACAUGAAUUUGACACGCUCGUUACUUUUAUUACACUUUGGCCCAUAUUUAUCAGAAUCAGCUUUUCGCAGUUCACGUGGUCUAUUAAAGGUGCAAGGUUCGCAUUUCUACUCAGAGAAGUUUGAUAAAGUUUGUCACUUUAGCAGCGAGGCUUGUUGUUAUUUCAGCAACUUCUGCUGAAGUGUGGUCAGUUCAAAUCAAAAGAACGCUCGCUCGACGCCUUCACGGUUGCACCGUGCUUCAGGUAAAUAUGAAAAUCUGCUCAAGUCAUGAGGUUUUUAAAGUGGGUCUUUGAGAAGUCGAGCGUGUUUGGGCAGGGAAUACCUCAAACUGUGCGGGGUUUGAAGACCACUGCCUUAGAUGAGUGCUCUGAGGUUUAUAAAGUUGGGGGGGGGGUGUAGCUACUCAAACUUCUUCCCCUUCCAAGCCCUCUAUUCUGCACUACCUGGACUAGCAAAACCUCUGUCUGAUAUACAUGUGCUUGGUCUGUUAACAGCCACAUACAGUUUCUGUAUUUUACUCAGGUAAACUGAUUUUCAUCCCAGAAAAAGGAGAAAUGUAUCUAAGACACCUUAGACACCGUCUUAACACUCUCUCUCUGUUCUGCUUCAGUGCGCGACUACAUAUAUUUGGCUCGUAUUUGCAGAUAUGACACAAGGUAUUUGUUUCUCACGUUAUGAUUUUAAUAGAUGUAACAUUGUUUUAAGUGACUCUGUUCGGUAGGAAUAAGGUUUUACGAGUACAUACUUGUCAGUAUUUCUUUAAUAUUCGCUGCCAAACUUAACCCUGCCUGUCAGUGAUGUUGUGAUUUCUGAACUUUGUGAUUUUUGAUCUGAACCUACGCAAAAUUUCCUGAUGUAAAUAGGAUACUAAUUUUGUUUUGUGCUUACCGAUGCAAUAUGCAGAGGCGUGAUGACCAUGACGAGCAAACGGAACAGGAGUGGAAAUCUUUACUGAGGUUUAGAAAUCGUUCAGUCUAUUGACGAUCUGCCCCCCUUGUCAUGAUGGAGUGCCUGCGAAGGCUGACGCAAUGCCGUCUAUUGCUGCCGAGUGACCGAUGACUCAUACAUCUGCUUGGGUUUAUAUUCAUUCAUUCUGGCAGGAUUUGAGUGCAUUUUUAAUAAUGCUGCAUCAGCUGAUAACGUGUCUUCUUGACUGUGAUUGGGAAAGAAUGAAGGUUUAUUGUUAUGAGCAUAACAGGACUAUCGAUUUCAACAAGAGAGGCUGAAGCUACCGAGAGAGAGAGAGAGAGAGAGAGAGAGAGAGAGAGCGAGAGAGAGAGAGAGAGAGAGAGAGAGUGAGAGAGAGAGAGAGAGGGAGAGAGGGAGAGAGGGAGAGAGAGAGAGAGAGAGAGAGAUCUCAAAGUCAAGAGAACAAUCUCACGUCAUUCUGUUUGUUUCGUUUUUGUUUUGUUUCUCAUUUUAGUCAUUGGCUGCAUUUUUUUUUUUAUUUAUUUUUUUAUUAUUAUUAUUAUUAUUUAUUUUAUUUUUUUUUUACAUUCAAACUUAACCAUAGCCUUGCCCCUAACCAUUUUCUAUCUUUUUAUACAUGCAUAUUGUUUAAAGGCAGUCCUCGACUUGAAAUGUAUUUAUAUUGGCAACAAUUCUUUUUACCUUUUUUUUUUUUUAAACUAUAAGGCAUUUCAAGUUUUAUUAUCUCAUGUACAGUACACUGCAAAUGUUAAAGACCACGUUUCAUUUAUUUAAUUUCCAUUAAGGGGAAAAAAAAGGAAAAAUAUAUUUAACAGGCUCACUUUCAGGUUUUGAGUUCAGUCUUAGAAGUUGGUUGCAUUUCCUCUUCAAAGUAAUCCCAGACACGUUCAGUAAUGUUGAGGUCUAGACUCUCCGCUGUCCGUCGUCCCGAGAACAAUAGCAGUUUAUUUUUUUGACUUUUUAUUGUCCAUUUCUUUUCCUUAGUAACAGCGACAACGGCUGGCUGCACAUCCUUUCAGACCCAUAGCAUUCAGUCAAUCUUUCAACCUCCAGUUAUGGAGACGUGUAUUCAAUGGCUGUUUUUACAGGAAAUUAAAUAAAUGAAGGUUGGUCUCUGAAUUUUGCACAGUGCUGUAAGUGCAUAAUCACUGUACACGCUGACAUACUUAAAAAUCCAUGUACUUUAUUACUCAUCUCAGUACUGUUUAGUUAUUACUAGGGCUGUCACUGAUUAAUCGACUAAACCUCUUGAUGAAUAGGCAGUGAUUAGUUGGCAAAUUUAAAAUUCCUCAGUGUUUCCCAAACUGGUCCGCAGGUCCCCCAGACCGUCCAGGUUUUUCUCCAUCCCGUAUGUUGUAAAUAUAAACAAAUAAAAACAAAAAUGUGGACUGUCUGGGGGCCCUGAGGGCCGGUUUGGUAAACGCUGCUCUAACUGGUCCCUCCUACAGUAAAGAAACAGCUUUAUGGGCACAUCCAUUGAUCUGCUUGUGCAUCUGGAGUAUUUGAAAGGCUGUGCUGUUUAUACUAAUAUAAACAGUAGUGGCAGCCCUGGUUCCUACUCAGUUUAUUAAGGAAAUCAGGAAAGUAUUGUUUCGUUUCGUGUAUUGCUUUUCAAAACGUGUAUGUAGUACGUCUCACGACUUUGUCUGAAGGACUGCUGCUAGCUCUGAAAUUGUACGAAAUAAUUUUAACAUUCCCAAUCAUUUGAGCCACUUUGAAGCUCUGUGUUUGUCCCUGGAGAGGAAAGCCUAGCUUGGAAAGAAAAAAACAUGGAAUUGCAUGUCUUUUGGCAAAGUCAGAACUACCUAUGUAUGUGAUUCCCUGGCUGUUGUUUAGCUCUCAGGAACAUGUGAACUUCAAAGCAUUUGAUAAGACAUCAAUGUAUGCAAAGCCUCGAAACAAGCGGGCUGUCCCAUAUGGUCCCAGCCAGUUAAAGCCAGCUGCGUUUGCUAUGUAGCAUGGUCAGUUAAGCAUCUCGCUUGCAUUCCAUAUGUAGGCUGUAAAUGUAGUUAUUUUAAUUUUAUUUUUUUAAUUCAUGCACUGAAGAAAGUGGAAAUACUGUAUGAUGUAACGAUGUGCAUCAACCCUUCUGCUGUGAACUAAUGCAUUCUUCUCAAAUUUGAUUUGGAUCUUUUAUUUUGGAUUUAUAAUGUUUUAUAAUGAUAACGUGUUUCUAACUGCACCUAACUGCAAAGUUGUGUUGGUGCUCAAGGCACUUUAAUGAUACUCUAGACUGGAGUUUGCCCAUGAAACAGGUAAAUCUGGACUGACUGUAAGGGCAUCUUACACCUUAAAUAUUUCUUCGAGCGGUUUUGAUCUCAUUUUCUGUGAUGAAUAAGAUGAAUUUUUGCUAUGUGCGUUCUUACCAAGAGUCAGGGUAAAUUUGAAUAUGAUGGAAUAUGAUCUGUAUCCUUAAACCUUUCUCUGCUGUCCCGUCUCCUGGAAUAUGCAGGCUGAAUAUUGGCCACUGUGUCUUUGAUCCCAAUUACUGUAAUGGGUUAACCCAUGAAGCCAUGAAGUGGCAGCGUUGGAGUAAAUAAAACCUGGGACUCAACAGCCACUAUUAUUACUGCAUCCAGAUGUUCUUUGCGUUUUGUAUUCAUACUCCGCCCACAAAUGCAUUCUUUUCUAGCAAAUAUGAGAAAUUGUAGCUAACGGGUGAUAAUUUCACUGCAUGGGACAGAUCUUUAGAUUUAGUUGAUGGGUCAAACUGUUACUAUGUGAAAAUAUCUAUUUUAGUCAUUUUACUACAUUUGUACACCUAUAGAAAUGCUCCCUGUAUCUUUCCUAAUAAUAUAGUCUCAAAUAUAAUUAGAAAUUAAUUUGAAUAAUAUGACAAAAACCUCUUACAAUUUCUCAUGCGGUUAAUGGGGUUUUUGCCAGUGUUGCGUCGGGCCUGUAGAACCUCAUUACAGGUGUUAUGAAAAAAGGCAUUUGUGGGUGAAGCGUGGAUCAUUUAUCUGACCGUAUUAAGCUUUGGGUUUGGAUGAACCACUCCAGCUUUGGGCCAUUACUGGAAUGAUCGAAGUGAGCGGAAAGCGCCUAGUCACCCUUGUCCUCAUCCGUGGAACUUACUACAGCUUUUGUAAAAUAGAUGUAUAACAUGUAACAAGAACUCAUGAUACUGGGUGUAUAUUUGGCAAAUUUACCAUUAUUAAUAAAAUAUGUAAAAACAUAAA